CAGGGCUGCGCGGAGGCCGGCCGCCGGUGGGCUCACUCGGGCUCGGGCUCGGGUCCCUCCCCCUGGCUCAGGCUCAGGAAUCCGUGUCGUGUCCGGGGCGGGCUGGGGGGCGGGGGGCGGCCGCUUCCUGGGGCUGCUUGUCCAGGGAGCGGAGCCUCGCCAAGCUCACAGGCUCAGAGCAGCCCGGAGCCCCGGGGGCCGCGGGGGGUGGGCUCGGGGUCGCUCCAGCCUCAAGAUGCCCCCUCUUGUCUUCUUUCUCCGAGGGCAGCUGCUACUGCUGCUGUUACUUCUGGGCACUGCAUCUCCCCAGGACCCUGAGGAGCCGGACAGCUACAUGGAAUGUACAGACGGCUACGAGUGGGACACAGAGAGUCAGCACUGUAAGGAUGUGAAUGAGUGUGAGACCAUUCCUGAUGCAUGUAAGGGGGAGAUGAAGUGUAUCAACCACUACGGGGGCUACCUGUGCCUGCCUCGCUCAGCUGCUGUCAUCAAUGAUGUCCAUUCAGAGGGGGCCCCCCCUCCCCGGCCAAGGCCUCCCAGGCCUCCGGCCCCUGGUCCACCUCGACCCAACCCCUGCCCGCAGGGCUAUGAGCCUGAUGACCAGGACAACUGUGUGGACAUAGACGAGUGCGACCUUGACCUCCAUGACUGCCGUCCCAGCCAAGAGUGCCACAACCUGCCUGGCUCCUUCCACUGCUCCUGCCCUGAUGGCUACAGAAAAGUGGGCUCCGAGUGCGUGGACAUAGAUGAGUGUCGCUACCGCUACUGCCAGCAUCGCUGUGUUAAUGUUCCCGGCUCCUUCACCUGCCAGUGUGAGCCUGGCUUCCAGCUUGGGCCCAACAACCGUUCCUGCGUAGAUGUGAAUGAGUGUGAGAUGGGGGCACCCUGUGAGCAGCGAUGCUUCAACUCCUAUGGCACCUUCCUCUGCCGCUGUAACCAAGGCUAUGAACUGCAUCGGGACGGCUUCUCCUGCAACGACAUCGACGAAUGCAGACAUUCCACUUACCUCUGCCAAUAUCACUGCUCCAACGAGCCAGGCCGAUUCUCCUGCCACUGCCCCCAAGGUUACCAGCUGCUGGGCACCCGCCUCUGUCAAGACAUAGACGAGUGUGAGUCCGGCGCCCACCAGUGCUCUGAGGGCCAGAGCUGCGUCAACUUCCACGGGGGUUAUCGCUGUGUGGAGAGCAACCGCUGCUCGGAGCCGUACGUCCAGGUGUCUGACAACCGGUGCCUCUGCCCGGCGUCCGACCCUCGGUGCCGGGAGCAGCCGUCCUCCAUCGUGCACCGCUACAUGAGCAUUGCGUCCGAGCGCAGCGUCCCUGCCGACGUCUUCCAGAUUCAGGCCACCUCCGUUUACCCUGGGGCCUAUAACGCCUUCCAGAUCCGGGCUGGAAACCCCCAGGGAGACUUCUAUAUCAGGCAAAUCAACAACAUUAGCGCAAUGCUGGUUCUCGCGAGACCCGUCACGGGGCCUCGAGAGUACGUCCUGGACUUGGAGAUGGUCACCAUGAACUCCCUCAUGAGCUACCGGGCCAGCUCUGUGCUCAGGCUCACUGUUUUUGUGGGAGCCUAUGCCUUCUAGGGGCCUGGGGGAGGGAAGGGGGGGGCUUCCCUGUGAAAACAUCAGAAGCUGUUCGGGAAUAGAGAAAAAUCAAUA